AUGACGUUUGCUGCAUGUGCUGCUUGCCAUGAGCCAAUCCACGACCAAUGGAUUUAUGAAGUGUUAGACCGUCUUUGGCACGAUCACUGUAUACGUUGUGUCGAUUGUGGACAAUUGUUAACAGAGAAAUGUUAUACUCGCGAUGGAAGACUGUAUUGUCAUCGAGAUUUUUAUCGACGCUUUUGGUGUCGUCGUUGUUCCGGCUGCUUACAAGAUAUUGGUCAAGGUGAAUAUUAUCUAAGUGCGUGGGAUCAAUUUUAUCAUUGGGAUUGCUACAAAUGUUGUUUAUGUUUGCGUAAAGUGAAUACAGGCGAAGAAAUACAUUUAACACACGAUAAUCGUUUCAUAUGUAAAGAAGAUUUUACUGCAAGAAUGAAAUGUAAAGAAGAACUCAACAAUGAUAAUUCAGUAAAACAUGAAAAUGAUUACGAUAAAGAAAAUUCAUCGUUUAAAUCUCAGCCGAUACCGCCGUUAACAUCAACACCGAAUUCAAAUUUAAGUUCAUCCGAUUGCUUAAAAGAAGAAGAUCCAGAUAUGCAAAUGUCCGAGUGUUCGCUAGAUUGUAAAGAUGACGAUCAACUCUGUUUAGUAAAUACGAAUAAUAAUAAUAAUAAACAUAAUAAUAAUAAUACUUCAAGUACUUGUUCAUCAUCAUCAUCUUCUUAUCAACAGAAAAAGUCCAAUGUUGACAAUGCAGAUAAUGGAAAUUCAAAUGGACCAAAAAAACGUGGUCCUCGAACAACUAUUAAAACGAAACAGCUCGAACAAUUGAAAUCUGCGUUUGCUGCAACACCUAAACCAACACGGCAUAUACGCGAAGAAUUAGCACGUGAAACUGGUUUAGCCAUGCGUGUUAUUCAAGUAUGGUUUCAAAAUCGUCGUUCUAAAGAACGGCGUAUUAAACAAUCAAUCACAUGUGGUGGGUCACGUCGACAUUAUUAUCGACGUAUGACAUCCGGUAGACCAUUUGAUGAUAAUGAAAUGGUUUCUCAUUCGGGCUUGAACUAUUUACCAGAAGGAUUCCGAAAUGAUUUUAUGUAUCAAGGGCCACCAAACCAAAAUUAUAAUGAUUUCAUUAUGCAACAAGAACUACAUCAAAGACUUAAUUAUGGACCAACUGGAGAUCUAUCAUAUCCUAUGCGUCAUGAAUUAAACAGCGGUUCAUCAGCGACAGUACCGGAUUCUUCGGGAGCUGAUUCUGAAGAUUUACAACAGCGUUUUAGUACAACACCACCUUUAAACUCACAGGUGGCCAUAGCUGGAGGAAGUGCCUUUAACGAUCAUUCGUGGAAUUAA